ACAAUUUCCCCACCGAUACUAAUCGAAAUCGGAGUCCAAUGAGAAAAUCGGUACGGGCUCCGGGUAGGCAUAGGCAUACUAGGCAAUCGAAGUGAGCAUGCGAGGAGGCUAGAGGAUCGCGACCAUGAGUGGCAGUGCCGUCGGGUUCGCGGCUUCUGUGCCUUUCAAAAGGGUGACGAAGCGGUCGAGCUCGUGAACAAAUAAAUAAGUGUGUUUUUAGUUUGGGGAUAGUGCGUGGCAUCGGUGGUGGUGUGGUGUGGUGUGGUGUAGUGAUAGAAGAGGUAAGGCGAGACGAAGGCAGGUGCCAGGGGUAGCCCGGGGGCAGCCCGGGGACGACGUCGACGUCGCGACGCCGAGCCAUGGCUUUUUCGAUAAGCCGCCAACCCUCGUGAUGGACCAUAUAGGCGACAUGAUCGAGCAGCAGGCACUGGGUGAUCCGGUCGAUUCUUCUGAUGGCAGCGCGCAUGCGACUGGUGGCGGCGGCAUGGAGACGCAGACCGUCCGCAUGAGGUUGGUGUCGCGUGCUGUGGUGGAGAGACGUCUUGUAAAACAGGAAGAGGCCGAAGGCCCCCUGUCUGUUAUAGUCCAACCACAGGACGAUUCCCGAGAUUCUGAACUUCUUAGUCCUGGCAAGUUAUCACCGACUUCGGUGAGCGUAGCCAACAUGAUUGAUGCGGCUGAUUUUCGAAUGCAGCCAGAACCCACUUACCAAACACUCACUUCGGUCAAUGGAAGAUUAUCACCACCAGGAUACAGUCCUAGUUCCUCUUAUGCCACCCUUACUCCGCUUCAACCCUUACCCCCGAUCUCAACAAUGUCCGAUAAGUUUGCAUACGGUCAUGCCGGCAAUGUCACGGGAUCUUUCACGGUUAUGCAAAACAAUAGCCUCGGAAUAGGCUUAGGUUUGGGUGUAAACGUGAAUACGGCCUAUUCUAUGCCCACUAUGGGUAUGACACCUCCUCACAAUUACUCUUCUCCCGGUAUGGGUCUACAACAGCAACCGAGUCCAAUUAGUCCUCAAAGCGCCUACAGCCAAAAUGGAUUGCCGUCCCCCCAGAAGAGUAUGUCACCACCAGGUUACGAUUCUCCCUACGGUGCCCAACAAAGAGAUUUAGUAGCGCGUUCGUUACAAAGUCCACAAUUAAGUCCGCCGUCAGCUUCAUUAAACUCACCAGAUGGUACUCUAGUGGCUGGUUUUGGUAGUUCUACUCUUAACGGUUUAGGCCUCCAACAUCAUCCACCAACGCUGGUUCAAAUCGCCGCUCCCCAACAACGGGACUGCUCGCCUUCACCACCCGUUCUCAGUUUACAACCUCAACAACAAACACAACAACAACAACAACAACAACCGCAACCUCAACAACAACAACAACAACAGCAACCUCAACAACAACAACAACAACAACAACAGCAACAACCACAACCCGCUGUUGCAAUGCAAAUCUCUUCAAAGAAUGCCUCCACUGGAGCGCUAAGUGUACCUGCCAUCGCUGCCGACGUCGAGGAAAUCAACACCAAAGAGUUAGCUCAACGCAUUAGCGCAGAACUGAAACGCUACAGUAUACCCCAAGCUAUUUUCGCCCAAAGAGUACUUUGUAGGUCGCAAGGCACUCUUUCUGAUUUAUUACGAAAUCCGAAACCUUGGUCGAAACUAAAAUCUGGUCGAGAAACAUUCCGACGGAUGUGGAAAUGGCUACAAGAACCGGAAUUUCAAAGAAUGUCCGCCCUACGUCUUGCAGCUGCGCAGAUCCCACAACGAGGCACAGGUUGCAAACGGAAAGAGGAGAGUUCGAACAAUUCGGAUCAGCUACCCACUCCCAAGAAGCCCCGAUUGGUUUUCACCGACCUUCAACGGCGUACUCUGCAGGCUAUUUUUAAGGAAACGAAAAGGCCUUCGAAGGAGAUGCAGGUCACCAUAGCUCGGCAAUUGGGUCUGGAACCGACAACCGUUGGCAACUUUUUUAUGAACGCCCGAAGAAGAUCGAUGGACAAGUGGAAGGACGAAGAUCCCAAGUCAUCUUCCACGACUAUAAUCCACCAACAAAUGUCCCCGGGAUUGGAGCAAGACGAUCCCGAGCAGGAUAUAGAUUUGGACAAUGACAUCGACGAUCAGGAAGAUGUCUUGUGACAUGCAUUCCGUGACCGCCAUUUGUUGAUGCUGUGACACUUAACAGUGACGGCGUUCCUAGAAUUUAGAUAUAAUAGUGUAGACCCACCGACAACUUGUGUAUUUGACCGGCGAACAAAAAAUUUUUCUUCAAUUCUACGCUUCAGGAAACUUGGAGUGAUCUCAUUGGCCAUUGACAGGAUCUUGUGUUCGGUUAAAUAAUCCACCAAAUGUGUUAAUUUAUUUAAUAUUUUGUUAUUUAUUUAAUUUAUUAUUUAUUUUUUAUGUGGUUUUGUGAAAUUUGUGAUCGACUAUAAUUAACUUGAUUUUAUUGCUCUUGAAUCCAUACAUCUUUACAUUCCGCUAGCACGCUUUGCGGUCAACAAAGGCUGUAUUUUACCUCAUUUUCUAGUCAUUGUAUUGGUUCAAAAUUAUUUAUUGAUAAGUAUUUAUUUUCUUGUAAAUACGAACAGACAAAUUGUUAAAUUAUAUGAUUAUAAUAUAAGGAGUUUUUUUUUUGUUAGAAUAGAAUUUCUAAGAAUUUCGAACUUGUUUUUUAUUUGUAGGUGUCAAGACUCUGUUUAGAAUAGAUUAGUUUUUAAGAAAAUAUUCGAGUUUAACUUUUCUACAUGUGAUCAUUUGGUUUGAUCUGUGAUCUGUUAUUAAAUUUGUCGAUUUAUUUAAAUCCAGGUCAAAUACAGAGAGAAUUGAACUUUCUUCACAAAAAAUGUAAAAUAUCAAAAUGAGGCUAUAUUUUGGUAAAAAAGUUCUAAAAAGUUUCUAUUUUAGCACAAACAAUAAAGAAAAAGUCUGUAUUCAGUACUAGUCUAGUUAAUAAUAAUGUACAAAAUUCCAUUUCUAUUCGGUAUUUUUUGUGUAAAGAAUAGUUGAUUCUGAAAGUCGGGGGUAGGUAUAAAAUUUGGCAGAGUGCCCAAAAGAGCACCUAGUCUACGUACCAAAAAUAUUUUUUACGAAUUAUUUCUUGUAAUAUAUUGUAGUAGUGUAAAGCAUUUCUGUUCUGAUGAAAAGAAGAAGAAAAAAGAAAAAGCAAGAUAAUUUUUGAAAGAAGAAAAAGUAAUGACACUGCGUAUGUAAGAGUGCAAGUUUUGACAAUAUUUACUAACAUAUAUGGGGGGAUGAUGGUAUGUUGUUACUUUUUCAUCGUAGAAAUUUGAAAUUUGUAUUGAAAGUCUGUGACAGUGAAAAUAGAAUCAUAUUUAAUAGUACUGGUUGUUAAAUCUCCUAUGUAAAUAUUGCGAGACAAAAGUAUUUAUAUAUAAUUCCCAGCAAUGUCGGGAUCACUUUUGCUAUGGUCUUUCUGUAAAUGAAUACAUAAUCUAACUCUAACUGUACACGGAGCGUUGGCUUUGUUUCUUUUUGUAUUUGCAUGCAAGAUGUAAGGGUGGUGUACACGGGCGAUGUUUUUUUUUUUGUUAAAAAAUAAAUUUGUUCCCUGUAUGCCGCUUGUGACAUCGUUAUAGGUUCAGUAUCAUGUACGUAUUAUUAUUAUCACUUAUCAGUUUUAGAGCGUCGAACGCCUCAUCCUGGCGACGAGUUGGGGUCACGAAAUGCCUUACUACAACAUGUACCGUUGUUUAAGUCUAGUCAGCACUUGUCAGACGUGUUUUUUUCUGUAAUCGUUCGUUUUAUUAUUUUCUAGUUCUUUACGUCGUCCUUAGUUAGAGCUUCACCAAAAAGCAUCAUAAAAAAUACUCCGCGGAGCGGCGAGUAUUUCGAUCGGUACCUAAGUACAUUUUUUGUACCUACCGGAGUCAGAACUCGCCUCGCCGUUCUCGAGCGGGUUGUCGGCCCUUCUUUUCUUAUUAAAAAAAUAAAUAAAAAAUUAAAAUAUGUGCAAUUUCAAUAAAAUUAGAUUGUCGCCGCACCCGCUACUGUGUGUACUACAUACAAUGUUUUGCACGAUGUUGCACUUUACUCUAAUUUGUCAGGUUCCGGGGGUUGUCAGAAUCCACAUUUCCAGAAUCGAGCGCUACUAUGAAUCCCAUCUGCUGUGUAUUGUAUAAAUAAGUUUAUUCACAACCCAUCGAUCGGUCACUACCACCCAGAAUAAUUUAGUGCAAUAGUAAAACGUGUAAAAAUGGCAAUAUCAUAUCCCAUCAAAGUGUAAUCGUGAGCGAUCACGAGUCUACACACGAUUCUGUAGAGAAAUA